AUGGUUUCAGCUGCAUCAGCGGUUGGAAUGGCAGUCAGGCUUACCUACCUGAACCUCAUCGCGAACAAUGGAAUGCUGCCGCCAGACGUGGAUCUGUUUGAUCCCUUAGAGCACGGAACUGUGGAUGUCCCCGUCCUGCCUAACAUCACGUUCCAAUUCGCGCGGGCAGGAGACGGUUAUAUGGACUACUACGACUUCUACUUCUUCAGUCUGACUCAGAGUGUUUGUAAUGGGAGUUUGAAUUACACAGAAGCACUAUACGAUGACAUUUUUGAACUUACCUCCGUCAUUCUGUGGCCUUUGACAAGUCCCGAUGAAGUAAACAAAAAGAUCUGGCCAAAUGGAAGUGAAGGACCGAAAAGGAAUUACUGUCUUUUCGCCAUAUGUCAUGAAUCUGAUACCCUGACCUGGAUUAUAUUGAUGACGGUACAGAUUUCGUGUGGUAUAGCUUUUACAACCAUGGUUGGACUCUUCUUCAGCCACCAUCAAAGGUCCAUGAGACUGAAUAGAGGUCACAACAAGCUGGUUUUGUAUCCGGACGAUGUAAGCAUCGAAAAGCCUGUUUCGAAACGGACGCAGUUGCAGGUAUCCGUCGCACAAGAACAAUGGUUAAUGCCGUGCAUCACGCCGACCACUGAUGCCGACAAUAAAGACGAAAAAAGUGUGAAGUCGGAUGAAUCAGUUGCAGAGGACGCCGCAAUUAAGUGCAGUGGAAUGGUCACGUACAAUGUAAGUCUCAUCCGCCGCUUAUUAUUAUACACCAUAGAAGGACAAAACAUACAUAUUAUAUAA